AUGGAUUAGCAAGAAUCAGCAAGAUCAAUUAACAUAAGUUCAUCAAGAUAUUCUGAUAAAUUUUAACCAUAAUUAAUCCACAUGAAUUAGAAGCAAAUUUAAAAGAAUAAGGACGAUAGUUAAGAAUUUAGUCCUAUUUAUGAGAAAUCUUAUGAUGACAUUGUUCAAGAGAAGCCAUAGAGGUAAACUAGAGGAAAUUUUAAAAAAUCCUUAAAUUACCAUUCAACCUCAAUUAAUCCACUAGAAAAAGUAUAAAAUAUCAGAGGUAAUAAAAUCGUGUAGUUGAUAAAGCAAAAAAAUUUAUUAUUGAAAUUUAAAGAGAGAUUAUUUUAAUUGGGACACAUACACCCAAGGAACCCUAAUGAAAAGCUGAGUCAUUUUUUGGAAGAACAAUAUAUACAUUAAAAUCAUCACCAUACUAGGUUUAGCUAAUAAGAAUAAAAAUUUGAGCAGGGUAUAAUAGAGCAAUAUUAAAGUGUUGAGAAUGUGUAAUAAGGUAUAAAAAUACCAAUCAUAAAUCCAACAGGGAAAUUUUAUCUCUUUUGGCAAUUGUUGAGACUGAUACAAAUAAUGUUCUUGUUGUGGUGGGUUCCCUUUAAAAUAUCAUUUAAUCCCCCUAAAAUGACCUCGAUGUCUUAUAUCGAAAAUAUGUUGAUCUAUCUAUUUGCAGCAGAUUUACUUAUAAAAUUAAAUAAAGGGAUGAUUGACUAAGGUUAAAUUGUUUACGAUAGGUUCCGAAUAUUGAAGCACUAUGUUAUUUAUGAAUUAUAUGAGGAUGCAAUAUAUUUAAUAACUUUGACACUUGUAAUUGGUGGUGAUCCCAUAGCCAUAUCAUUUUUCCCUGAGGUGAUAGUUUUGAUAUAGUUCACUUUUAAUUUUAUUAAAUUAAAAAAGACUAUCAAUAGAUAUGGAGAGAUGUUUGCAAUCUAAUCUACAUUUACAGAAUUGGUUAGUCUCUCAUAAUUAAUAAUACUGAUAUUCUAUUUUGCUCAUUUCAUGGCCUGUAUUUGGUAUUAUGUAGGAAACAUUAGUUAGGAAUCAUUCUCAAAUUCUUGGAUCCAAUAAUAACACUUAGAAUAUUCACCAUUGUUUCAUAAAUAUGGAUACUCUUAUUAUUGGGCAACUGCAACUAUGGUCACAGUAGGAUAUGGAGAUGUCACUCCUCAAAAUAUAUAUGAAGUGAUUUGUGCAAUCAUCAUGAUAUUUUUUGCUAGUGUUGUCUUUGCUUUCUCAAUAAAUGCAAUUGGAGUGAUAUUCUCAAAUAUUGAUCUAUAAAAACAAUAUUACAAAAGAAAUUUAGUUUUAAUAAAUCAGUAUAUGAAUUCAAAUGAAGUUUCCUUGUAAUUAUAGAGCAGAGUUCGCAAUUAUUUGAAAUACUUUUAUGAACAAUAAGUGAAAGGUAACAAUACUGAAAUUAAUUCAAUCAUUGAAAAGUUAUCAUAUAAUCUAAAGCAAGAGCUAUUGGAAGAUGUAUAGAUAAGAGCAGUCACAUGUGUUGACUUUUUUACAAAGAACUUCUAAUCAUCAACAAUUCAGGAGAUUGCUUGUCGAAUGAACAUUUAACAAUUUACACCAAGAGAGAUUAUAUUUUAAUAAAACUCUGUGGAUGAACACUCGGUUUACAUAAUCUAAAAAGGAGAAAUCCAAUUAAUUGAUGAUAAGUCAGGCAAAAUUGUAUCCAAACUUAUUAAAGGCUAAUGUUUUGGUGAAAUAGAAUUCUUAACGACUUAGAAAAGGUAAUACAAAGCUAUAAGUACAACAUUUAGUUCAAUAUACAGAAUAACACGGGAGAUGUUUCUCGAUAUUAUUUCUGAAAAUUCAAUAGAUUUUGAAAAAUAUUGUGAAAUGAAGGAUAAGGUAAUAUUUCAAUAUGAAGAUCUACCAAUCAAAUGUUUUGGUUGUGAUGGUGAUCAUUUAUUAUCAAAUUGUCAUUAUUUAACUUACAAACCAGAUAAAGAGUUUUUAAUAAAACGAUAAUUGUAUCAUUCUAGAUAAUAAAGAUCUGAAUUUCAAAGAAAGAAAAAUAGAUAUUUGAGAAUAUUUAAAUAAAAUGAAGAACAUGAACAACCUCAAAAAUUAUCAAACAAACAAAUAGAACAUGAAUUAUCUCUCCUCUCCUAAGAAUCAAUGCAUAAACAGGAAUCUAAUUUAACAGGCAGUGAACACUAAAAUAACCUCUAUAACAAUGAAGAAGUCGCUCAUCAAAUAAAAAAGCGAAUUUCGUUAUGGAUAACUAAUCCAGAUCAACCUUUCAUAGAAUAACAAAAGUCUUUAUAGAAAACUAAUCGGCACAAUAGUGAAACGCCAACUCAUAAACCAACUAGAAAGUCGUUAUUCAGUUCAUCUCAGGAUCAGUAUUCAAAAAGGCAUAUGAGUAAUUAAUUACUUUAAGUUAAUGAAUAACAAUAAUUAAUGAGUUCUUCAAAUAAUUCGCAAACUAAAACCUAUAAAUAAUAGCAUUUCAAUUAGUUGGAGAAUUUAUAAUCAUACCAUACAUUCAAUUAUGAAUUGGAUAAAAUUGAAAGCUAUCAAAUUUACUUUCCUUAGAACAACAUUUAAAAUGUUAUUAGUACUUUUCAGAAGUAGCAAAAACUUUCAAAGUUCACAAAGAUAUCACUUGCAAGCAAUAAAUAUCGAUUCAUAUAUGUUUAAAAAGUACCCAUUUAAUCAUUGACCAAAAAAACUAUUCUCAAUGUCAACAGCUAAAUUUGA